AUGGACCAGAAGAAAGACCUCACAGACGCCGCCAUGUCGAUCGAUAGAGUCGAGUCACGCCCCUUGGGCCACCUCACAGACGAGGAGCGUCUGGCACAGAUGGGCCACAAGCAAGAGUUGGAGCGCACAUUCUCUUUGGUACCACUCACCGCGCUCUGCCUCUGUCUGAUGGCAACGUGGGAGGCCCUCUCAACUGUCAUUGCCGCGGCCCUCGCCAGCGGGGGGCCUCCUUGUCUGUUCUACAACUAUGUACUGAGCUUCAUUUGUACCGUUUGCGUUGCUGCAUCGCUCGGCGAACUGGCUUCCAUCUAUCCCACAUCAGGAGGACAAUACCAUUGGACCGCCGCCCUUGCCCCUCCAUCGACAAAGUCGUUUGCCGCGUUCGCUACUGGCUGGAUCUCUGUUGGUGGACAAACAAUUCUUACCGCUUCAGCAGCUUUUGCAGCUGGUCUGCAAUUUCAGGCUUGCAUCACGCUCAACCAUGAUGAUUACGUCCCAGAACGGUGGCAGGGCAUGCUCUUCUACUGGGCCGUCCUUGUCUACGCCCUCGUGAUGAACAUCUGGGGGUUCAAGUUGCUCCCGCAUGUCAAUAUUGUAUCUGGUGUUAUCCAUAUUUCAGGAUUCCUCGCGAUUCUCGUGACACUUGGUGUCAUGUCUGAGAAGAACACGGCCGCCUUCGUUUUUACCGAGUUUCAGAAUAACAGUGGUUGGACAAGUGACGGUAUCUCAUGGCUAGUUGGCCUACAAAGUGCUGUUUAUCCAUUCCUUGGAUACGAUGCAGCAAGCCAUGUUGCAGAAGAACUCCACAACCCCAGCCGCAACGUUCCCCUCGCCAUGGUUGGCAGCGUCCUCCUUAAUGGCUUGAUGGGCCUUGUCUACUGCAUUAUCCUGCUGUUUGCAGCUCCAUCGCUUGAUGAUAUGCUCUCAACGCCCACCGGUUUCCCGUUCAUGGAAAUUUUCCUCAGCGUUACCGACACAAGAGCUGGUGCGACUGUCAUGUCUCUCGUCAUUUGUGCGGUUGCAACAGCUGCAGUCACUGCGGGCGUUACUUCGACAUCUCGGACUCUGUGGGCCUUUGCCAGAGACCAAGCGACGCCUUACCACGAGCAGUUGAGCAAGGUGAACCAGACCCUGCAAAUCCCAGUCAACGCCAUUGUCGUUAUUACUGUCCUCCAAGCCAUUCUUGGAUUCAUCUACUUGGGCAACUCGACCGCCUUCAACGCUAUCCUCUCAAUGGCCAUCAUUGGGAUGUACCUCUCAUAUGUCCUGCCCAUCGGCUAUAUGCUGUUCUUCGGCCGUCGAAAGCUUCAGAAGAGUGAAUACGGAUCUUUCCGUCUAGGUGCCUUUUUCGGUCCUUCCCUGAACAUCAUUUCCAUCAUCUGGAUGAUCGUUUGCAUGAUAUUUAGCACAUUCCCUACAACUAUGCCAGUUACCGCCGGGAAUAUGAAUUAUUCCACUGUGGUCAUGGCAGCUUGGCUUCUAUUUGGAGGGAUUUACUACGUAUGGUUUGGGCGUCACAAGUUCGAGGUUCCGCUCAAUGAUCUUCCUGUUCUCACGGGCGAGCACGGACAUGGUGAGAAGCUCGCAGAGUAA